AUGAAGCGGUUGGACCAGCUGGAGAAAUGCUGCGGCAGCAUCCUGGAACUCCAGAUAGAGGACGUAGUCCUGUAUGAUGGGGCGCAGGUGGAAGCUGCGGUGGACUCUAUCCGGUUGUUCAUACACGAGUUCCUGGCUGUGGAUGAUACGCUAUCUACCUUGAGCUCAAUUGCGCAGCACAAAGACCUUCUCAGGAAAGUGAAUGAGUGCAUCCGGAAAACCGACGAGCUGUUAUCCGAGCUAAUCACCACGAUAGAGUCAAAGCUGAACUUAGAACCAGGAUUGGAAACUACUAUUAAUCAGCUGGAACCGCUGUGCGAGGAUCUACUUACAGCCAAAAAACACAUCUCGGUUUACCUGGGAAACCUGCAUGUAGCCACCAGGUUCACAGAGCUGGAUAAACAGGUGCUGGGAUCGAUUAGCGACGAGAUUGCAGACUGUUUCAAGGAUCUGAGAACGCUCGAAGAAAUGCUUCUCACGAGUCCUGUGAAAAAGCUUCCCAAGCUCGAACUGGAAGAAAUCAAUGCCAAAAUGACGCAGAGCGAGAACUUUAAGCUGCGAAUGCCCACCUUCACGUCUCUGGAUGAGCGAUUGCUUGGUUUGUACCAGCAACUAGAGGGCAGAAUAGAUCCCAUUCAAGCGGCCGUGCUUAUCGUGCCUCAGAUCCUUGAAAGUUAUGGAGAGGUGGCAAUGCAAAAGAAUCCAGGGUCAAUCAUGCAUCUCAUAUCAAAAUACGAGGGUCUUGUACAAGAGGUGCACGAGCUCAGGUCUGCUUUGAAGCAGAUUUUGCACGAGCUCGUGGACCGCCGCUGGGAGCACAUUUUUCAGUCCCUAGUGAAGGAGGUCUCGCAGGCGCUAGAGGACCUCGAAGACGAGAUGGCUGUCAAACAUUGUCUGGGAACCUCGAGUGUGCGAGAAUUAGAAACGAUAGGUCAGUCGUUAGGUAUUUUGAAGCGCGCGACAGGCGAAAGACUCAUUACCGAUCAGGGCAUGAUUGAGAGGAAAAAGGAGAUGGAAGCACAAUAUCUGAAACUUCAGGAACAGCACUUUGAGUCCAGAAGAAGCUCGCCAAGCCCGUCCAUUCCGUCGACACCUGCGAAAUCCAAAGGAUCGCUUUUGGACGCUCUCCAGCUCAAGCCAGUUUUGAUCGAGUACAACCCAACAUCCGCAAAGAAACAGAGUCCUCUCAAAUUUGAGAUCUUGGAAGACGACGAAUCUGACGUUUCCUUCCGCACGGCGUCGACGAAUUCCGUUCUCAGGCGACUAAUGAGCGAAGCGGAGGACAAAGAAAACGAAACGUCUAGAGACACAGGUGAAGAGGACCUUGCUGAAAAAGUGCAACGACUGGAUAUCAAAGAUCGUUCGCCACGAGGUAUGAGGUCUCUUUCUCCGUCAGAUCCUUUUAUCACGCCAAAUGCAAAACUCCAUAGACCAAGCGUCCAGAAACAGGCCGAAAGAACGAAGUUGCUCAAAUAUAUUCCCUUACCAGUUCCUUUGCCAACAACUCGGGACGAAACCCUUAGAAGACAGAUUGAACCUUCUAAGUCGCCAGUGACUAGAAUUCCGCUUCCUGUGCGUCCUGAGUCUCGCCAGUCUCUUCUAAACUCCAAGGUAAGAGGGGAGCACUACGUGGUCCCUCCAAUACGGAGCUCCAGCUGCAUUCCACGUUCAACACUGCGCAACAGAAUUCAUUCAACACAGCUAAAAACCAACACACGACCGCUCUCGGCACUAGAUAUACAAAAGUCCCCGACGAUGAUGGUGCAGCCAACACCAUUACGGGUGAUAAAACAGAGAGCUCGAGCGACGUCCUCUCUGGGGAUUACUGAUCCUCGACGAGUGACCUCUUAUGAUAAUGACACUUUUUAA